CUUCCUCUUAACUCCCCCAAAGCAACUCUCACUUCUCAUCACCACUUCGAGUUUUUCGUCUACUCUUCUUUCUUCCACUUCCAGAAACAAAACACAGAAAAAAAGGAUGAGUUCGAGAGUGUUAAAAGCAACACCAGAUAGCAACUAUCUGGUCCCCAGGAGAUCUAGAGACCACCAACAAGACACCAGUCCGGACCGGAACCGUAUCUGGUCUGAGCCUCGUCAUAAACCGGUUGCUAACCGGAAAGUUCCCGUAGUCUAUUAUCUCUGCAGGAACGGUCAGCUUGACCAUCCUCACUUCAUGGAAGUCACUCUCUCUUCCGGCGAUGGUCUCUAUCUCAAAGAUGUGAUAAACCGUUUGAAUGAUCUUAGAGGCAAAGGCAUGGCUAAUCUCUACUCUUGGUCUUCCAAAAGGAGCUACAAGAACGGAUUUGUGUGGCACGAUCUCUCGGAGGAAGACUUCAUCUUCCCCGUUCAAGGCCAAGAAUACGUUCUCAAAGGCUCAGAGGUUCUUGAUUCUUCUUGUCUCCUCUCAUCAAACCCUAGGAGCCUCCUCGGUACGACGUCGUUUCGAGACUCGAGACCUCUAAACAUAGAGAAAAACUCCGGCGGAGAUGAUAUCCCGGCGGCGGUGCAUCGCCGGAGAAACCAGUCGUGGAGCUCCGUCGAUCUCAGCGAGUACAAGGUGUACAAAGCGACCGAGUCGAGCGCCGAGUCGACUCGGAGACUCGCGGCGGACGCUUCUACUCAGACGGACGAGAGAAGGCGGAGGAGGAAGCCGGCGAAGGAGGAGGUGGAGAGUCCGGCGAGGUGCGAGAAUCAUCAGAGCGUUGAGCUGAGCAGAGACGAGAUUUCUCCUCCGCCGUCGGAUUCGAGUCCCGAGACUUUAGAGAAUCUGAUCAAAGCGGAUGGACGGCUGAUAUUGCGUCAGAACGAGAGCAGUAACGAUCGUAAUCGGACGGUGGAGAGUUUAUCUAGCGGGAGGAUGAGCGCUUCUGCCGUGUUGAUGCAGCUGAUUUCGUGCGGUACGAUGUCGUUUAAAGAAUGUGGGCCCGUUUUGUUGAAAGAUCAAGGGCUGUCGUUGGCUGGGCGUAGCGGGUGCACGGUAACGCGGGGAGCAGGGGAGAGAAGUCUCGAGAGGGCAGAGAAGGAACUACAGAGUUUUGGGAGGGUAAAGUUGGAAGAUAAGGAGUAUUUUAGCGGCAGUUUGAUUGAGACCAAGAAGGAACUUGUUCCUGCUUUGAAAAGAUCUUCUUCUUACAAUGCUGACAGGAGUUCAAGAAUGGGACCAACGAAGGAGAAGGAUGAGGAAGAGGCGGUUCUAGCUAAAUGCAUUCCUAGAAAACCAAAGUCGGUGGCUGUAAGGAACAAUGGUGUGCACCAGUAACAAAAGAAAUUGCAUGAGUUGCUGAUGAGAAAGAAGCAAAGAAACGGCACGAAGUCUAACAAGUUUAUUUUGGGUUUAAGAACAAAGAAAAGAAGAAUAUGGAAUGAUGAGUAGUUUUAAGCACUGUGAUAUGUGUAGGUAACUACUAAAAAUACCCUAUGAAUGCUAAAAAAGUUAAGGCUAAACAUGAUGUGUACAUAUAAAAAUGUUGACCCUAGGUGUCUUUUGAGGCUAAUUUCAGGCUCUUUUCAUUUUUCCUUGUAGUUAUUCGGAAUCUCACAUGAAUCUUCAGUUAAUUUCCAUUGGUAACUCUAGUAGCGGUAAUAUGAUUCUAAGUUCUAACCAUGAGAGUAAGGUUAUAGAUAUUUGUGGUGUAUUUGUCCCCAAAAAAAAAAACAUAUUUGUGAUGUAUUAUUCAUUAUGAAAUAAUUUUAAAGUGUAACAAAUAAUUUCUAAUAUUUUAAAAUUUGGC